UGAGCUGCGAUUGGGUUCCGGCGCUGAGCGGACCGGGGUCUGCUCGCUUGGAGGGCUGCGGGCGUCUCCGCUUCCAUGGACAAUAUGGCGAGCCCAGGUAAAGAUAAUUUCAGAAUGAAAAGCUACAAGAAUAAUGCACUUAACCCCCAAGAAAUGCGAAGACGAAGAGAGGAGGAGGGAAUCCAGCUUCGUAAACAGAAAAGGGAAGAGCAACUGUUUAAACGCAGAAAUGUUUCUCUACCGGGAAACGAAGAAUCUAUGGUAGAAAGUCCAAUUCAGGAUCCUGAUGUCAGCUCCACUGUACCUAUUCCAGAGGAAGAAGUUAUUACAGUAGAUAUGGUGCAGAUGAUUUUCUCGGAUGAUCCUGAUCAGCAACUCACAGCAACUCAGAAAUUCAGAAAAUUGCUAUCUAAAGAGCCUAACCCACCUAUAGAUGAAGUUAUACAAAAACCAGGAGUAGUACAGAGAUUUGUGAAAUUUCUAGAGAGGAAUGAGAAUUACACUCUGCAAUUUGAAGCAGCUUGGGCUUUGACAAACAUAGCCUCUGGAACUUUUCUGCACACCAAAGUUGUAAUUGAAACUGGAGCUGUUCCAAUUUUUAUUAAGUUGCUUAGUUCAGAGCAUGAAGAUGUGCAGGAGCAGGCAGUGUGGGCUCUUGGUAACAUUGCUGGUGAUAAUGCAGAAUGCAGAGACUUUGUUUUGAACUGUGGAAUACUACCGCCCCUCUUGGAACUGUUAACAAAUUCAAAUCGUCUUACAACAACUAGAAAUGCAGUCUGGGCUCUCUCAAAUCUCUGUAGAGGAAAGAACCCACCUCCAGACUUCAGUAAGGUUGCUCCUUGCUUGAAUGUUUUAUCAAGACUGCUGUUUAGCAGUGACCCAGACGUUUUGGCAGAUGCUUGCUGGGCCCUCUCUUACCUUUCAGAUGGCCCCAACGAUAAAAUUCAAGCUGUUAUUGAUUCUGGAGUGUGCCGAAGAUUGGUAGAGUUGCUCAUGCAUAAUGAUUACAAGGUGGUAUCCCCUGCAUUAAGAGCAGUUGGAAAUAUUGUUACUGGGGAUGAUAUCCAAACACAGGUGAUUCUGAACUGCUCUGCAUUACCCUGUCUCUUGCACUUGCUUAGUAGUCCCAAGGAAUCUAUUCGAAAAGAAGCAUGCUGGACUGUUUCUAAUAUUACUGCAGGAAACAGAGCUCAGAUUCAGGCUGUUAUAGAUGCAAAUAUUUUUCCAAUAUUGAUUGAAAUUCUUCAAAAAGCUGAAUUUCGCACCAGAAAAGAAGCAGCAUGGGCCAUAACUAAUGCCACAUCAGGAGGAACCCAUGAACAGAUUAGGUAUUUGGUAGCACUAGGUUGUACCAAGCCUCUGUGUGACCUCCUGACUGUGAUGGAUUCAAAAAUAGUACAGGUGGCUUUAAAUGGACUUGAAAAUAUUCUGCGCCUCGGGGAACAAGAGUCUAAGCAAAAUGGAAUGGGCGUUAAUCCUUACUGUGCCCUUAUAGAGGAAGCAUACGGACUUGAUAAAAUUGAAUUUCUCCAGAGGCAUGAAAACCAAGAGAUCUACCAAAAGGCUUUUGAACUCAUAGAACAUUACUUUGGUGUUGAAGAAGAGGACUCCAGUAUUGCACCUCAGGUGGAUGAAAGUCAGCAGCAGUUUCUGUUUCAACAGCAGGAGGCUCCAAUGGAGGGGUUUCAGCUGUAAACUUCUAAAGUGAAGACAAGCAUAAAAUGUAAAUACUUGUAGGGUUUUGGGUUGGGUGUUCGGUUUUGGGUUUUUUUCUUCCUCAGAGGUCUUUUCUUUAUGGCCAAAGUUAGAGGAAAAGUUGAGUAUGUUUUGCAGAAAUAGAUGAAGAAACAGCUCAUGCACUUUUAUAUAUUGUGUUAGAUACAAUUGUUCUUUGUUUUCUAUUUGUGUUUUUCAUUAUCUCUUAUGUACAGAAAAUGACUGUGAGUAAUAAUGUCUAAAGUAAAGAAUUAAAUGUGAUUUAACAAGAAUUGUUAAACUAAGACUUUGUAGAAUUUUAGGUAGUGGUUCUGAAAUUUUCAUGUAGUCUCAAACUGCAUAUCAGCAAUACAGUUACUGACAGUUGCAUUUUUGGCAGUAGGCUUGACUUGCCCAGUCUCUAUCAAAUCUACCUCUCGUAUUGAAGCAAAAACAUUGCUUCAGAACUAAGGCAUGAAUUAAAGAUGAGCUUGUAAGAAGCUGAAUUGGAAUGUGAAAAAUAUUUAUUUAAAUUGUGAAACUUUUAUGCAUUACUUACUUUACCACACACUGUUGGAAUUUAUUUAUAAAAAGUAUUUAAAGACAUAAUAGAUAUACAUAUAUAGUGCUAAUUACCUAAUAUAAUAUUGAGUAUAUGAAAAACUUUUUCUGAAUUAUGUGGAAUGAGAGCUAUUUCAGAAGUUUUCCAAUUGGAAUCAGCAGAGAGCUUGCUGGUCAUUUGGUGUUGACUCUGUAAUUAAAGCUGCUAAAUGGCAUUAAAAGUCAGCCACCAAUACUUUGCAGUGGAAACAGUUGCUGUAGUUACCACAAGAAUGCCACAAUUAUGAGUGACAGGAUGCUGAUUUGCACAAAUCACCAAGCAGAUGGCUUAGAGCUGUCUCCUGUCAAAAUGUGGUAGCACCACUUAGUUUGAGAAACAUUGCAAUGUUUGCCUUUCUAGUACAGUAGGUUCUUGAAAGUUUAGACAGUAGGUGUUGUUUUUUUGACCAAAUACGCUACCACCAUUUGAAUUGUUCUUUAAGUUGACUAAUUUGGUUUUCUUUUGGUAAGACAAUAGAAAUACUGCAGUGAAGAAUGAAUAGUGAAAUACUGUUUUCCAGUUGAAGGAAAAGUUUGUUGUACUGUAAAUAGCAUUAAGUAUGUGGACACCAAAACUAACUAGAAGUUUAUGUCAUCUAAAUAUUUAGGCUCUAUAAUAUACAGUAUUUACUGUUAAACACUAAAAGAAAUAGAAUUCUGGUAUUUACCUUAACAAUUUUGAAUACAGAAAAAUGUAUGCUCUGCUUUGACUUGCAUAUAAGUAGUGUUUCUGGUGUAUUAGUAGUGUAUCUUAUUUGGAGAAAUCAGUACUUUGGGUUAACUCUGAAGUAUGAUUAUUUUUAUUACCUGUAUUAAUAUCAAACUCCUGGGUUAAGUGAAAUCCUUGACAUACAACAUGCUUCAUGAAAAGCUGCAGUUUCAAAUUACUUACCCCAUGGCACUGUGCUUAUCACUAAACAACGUUAAUGCACUGAAAAAUACAGGUUAAAGGCAGCAUCAUUUGCAGUACCAUUUUAUAGUUAUAAUUUUUUUACCGUGCAAGUUAAGAUUCUAAGAUGUUUCAUUUUGAUGUUACAGCAAUAUAUACUAUAUUGUAAUUGAACGUGCGACUUGAAGUGGAUUUUCUAAGACUAAUGGUCAGUUUUGACUAAGAUGUAACUGGGAGGGAAGAAACCUCUUCAGUCUUUUUAGUGAAAGAUAGAAGAAGUGUAUAUAGGAGUGUUGUUACUUUAUGAACUCUGAAUAAUGAGCUAUUUUAGCAAAUGACACUUUAAACCUAGAUUUGUACAGCAUACAACAGUUUUGAAUAGUGUGAUAAUCUUGAGUACAGCUGCCAAAUUUUCAUAUAAUGCUAAAUGAUUGUAUUUAUGCCCUUUUUACUCUCAUAGUUUUAGGUUUUCAUAUACUGACCUUCCUUCUUUCCUGUGUGCCCCCUAACCACCCAUCUGUUCAAAGUACAGGGUAACAAUAAUGGAAAUCUGUCAGGAUGACUAGUAAAUGCUGAAUUUCAAUGUUCUUCUAAUGUAAGAAAAAAUAUUCAGGUAACAGGGUAUUUUGUUGUUUCUAACAACCUUGUUUUGAUAACAUAACCAGCUGUGCCUGCUUUUUAUUUGGAGAACCCUGUAAAAACUGCAUUUAUAAGCCUCUCUAAUUUAAACCAAAUCUGAACUAUAAAAAUCUUUACGUAAAGACUUGAAAAUGAAGAAAAGAGGGGACAUUUAAAGUAUUAAUUUGUUUUGAAAGAAUGUCUUCAGUUGUGUGGAUAUAUUAUUCUUUAUAUGUGAACAGUUAGUGACUGCACUUUACGCAUUUAGAUAAACUAUUUCAUGCCUCUGAUACAUUUAAGUGUAAUGGUUUAACAGGGAACUAAAAAUGAUGACUUUGGCUAAUAGAAAUCAUUAUUUAAACUCAACAUAUGAUUUACCCUAAAAUUGUUAAUGAAAACUCUUUAAAGGUUAAAUGUACAAGAUGGCCUCUCCUAUAUUAUCACUGGGUUUACAUCCCACUUUGUUAAAAAGCACAUACAUAAAUGAUAAUAAAAACCCCAGAGAUAAUGACUUGAGGCCAACUCUGGUGUAGCCAUUUGCAGGCAGGGUGUGAAUAGGAUGAUGAAACCAGUGUACAGAAAAAAAAAAAUUAACUGUGAGAGGAAAAUCUUUAAGUUUGGCUUUAGAUAUGGACUCUGAAGUGCCCCAUCAGUUACAAAGUGUUUAAAAACACAGGGGUUUGGGGUUUUGGCUUUAGUUAAAAGGGUACCAUUUGUUCUGCUUAAAGGUGAAUAUUAACUAGCUAAUCUAUGCAACUAUGCAGAGCAUAAGAUUAUUUUUUUUAGUUCCCUACUCUUGACACACUGAAUCAUAUCUAAUUUUUUCAUUGUUGCACUUUUGUCUGAGGACUGGUUCAUACAGCUUUUUAAUUUCCUAGUAUUUGCUUUAAACACUGUUGCUAGCAGCAAUCAGAAAAUAGUAAUAAUGUUGACACAGAAAUAAGCUAGCUGUAGAACACAUUUUCAACUGGAAAAUAUUUAUUGUUGGGUCUGUCUUUUUAAAAAUAGAAAAGAUGCACUAUUGUCUAUCCUCCACAGGUAAUGCUCAGUUUAAAUUUCCUAAAUUGUACAGCUGAGGAUUUUAGUAAUAGAUCUGCCAAUUGCUACCUGAAGUUUAACUUUGAGCUCAGGAGUUCACUGAAAUCUGGAAUGAGAAAUUUAAUUUACUUACAGCACAAUAUGUUCAUGUAAUGUAUGGGAACUAAAUUUGCCUAUAUGAACUUAAGAUAGUAAUAGUGCAUCUUUAAAUCCAGGCCGAAGGCCCAUUACUGUAAAAGAACACAUGAAUAGUAUGCAAUAUUAUGGAAUGUUAAAUCUCCAAAUACCAUACAGAAACCAAUAAAACUUAUUUUACAGAUG